UAAAUACUCUCAGUUCGUAAAUAUGUGGCAAUAUCUGUUCAUUGUAAUUACAUUUAAACAAUACUUCAUUUUGUUUUGAUUCUGACUUACUUUAGGCUUAAAUGUUUGGAUUAAAUGGAGCAGUUAAUGGAAUUUUAGUUUAAGUUCAAACCAAAAAAUGAAAUAUUAUCCUUAAGGAUUGUUUAUAUCCGAAAACCCAUUACAAUCGGCAUCAAUAUUUUGAAAGAGGAUAGUGUUCAUACUACUAAUACCUAGUUUAACGGUCAAGAUAUGACAGAACGGAUUCUUAAGGCGGUAGUGGACGAAUUAGAAAGGCACGCCGCAAAGAAAGGGUCAAUUAAAGAAAGUGUUAAAGAGGUCAGAUCGGUGAGUUUUCAAGAUAUAAGCGAAAUACAGAAUAUAGACGCUGGUCCAGCGAAAGGAAACGAACAAAUAUGUGAUACAACAGAAAAUAUUAAUGAAGGUCCAGCGCAAAAUUACGAUCAAACUGAAAAAGCCGUUAAACAGAUAAGUAUUAACAUUGAACCAAUCAAUAACAACAACCAAUCAAAUUUGAUAGAUAAGCCGGAAUAUGUGAACGGAGAAAGUGCAUAUCAACAAGCAGAUACUUUUUCUCCAAGUCGGGAAACAAACACUUCAACGGAGCAUAGCAGCAAUGAAAAGCAAACAAAAUUGAAUGAAACUGGAAGCAUUCCAGGUUCAAUAUCAUUGAAUACAAAAGAGAGCGAGAAUGUGUCUUCUCUGAAGACCAACAAAACAAAAGGAGCUAAGAAGGGGAUACGUCAUCGCAACAGUGCUGGCAAAGUGAAUGAGCGAGAUCACCGCACCGUGUUAGCAUACAAGAAGACAAGUGAUCAUAAGAGUGAAACAAAAAAGCCUACAAGAAAUAACAAGCGGUGCAAUAGGCAGGUUACCAAGGAUACUCGACCAUCACUUGAUGUAGAUAUCAGAGUCAGUAACAUUGUAUCAAAAUCUGGGGAAAUUGACAGUACAGGGAAAGUGAAAGAACGAUCAAGACAUCCAUACCUUCCAGACGACCUUAGGAGGCUGAUUGAGGAGCAUUUCAUGAAGGAUAGCACAAAACCUUCACGGAAGAGUUCUCAAAAAUCAGUUUUUGAUUCUGGCACUACGGCAACGAAGGGGGAUAAAUCAGGCCAGGGCAGUGUCCCUGGUUCCUCUAUAAAACAUACUAAAGAACCAGUCCCUCGGCUUUUGCAUGAAAUAAUGAAGGACGAGAAACAUGUUCCAUCGAUUUUAACAAAUAAAACAAUUCCAAGGAACGGCACUGGUCAUGGAUUGGUAACGCCAGUACACAUUACAAACGGGGACGCCAAAGAUGAUACUAACAAGAGGUAUAGCCAAUCGACAUAUUCCAAACCUGGAGUGAUUCUAAUUGAGAACCCGGAUGUAAGUCCGCGAGGAAGAACAAGAUACCGCCUGGAUGCAAGCAGACACUACGAUGCUCAGAAUACGAGCACACAGAUGAUUAUUCUGAACAAUAAGCAUUCGAGUUCCUCAAGACUGUGGAAAAUUCCCAGACCAAAAAGUGAAGAUGAGAGACAGAAGAUGGUUAACCCAAGACGUCAUAUUAAAGACCGUUCAUUCCAUGAGUGUGGACACUUUCACCGUCGGUGUGCAACUUCGCCCGGUCCUGAGAGGUUCAGGUCUUCUAGCAGUUUGAACAUCUUGCUCACAAAGAACAGACCUUCUAGUGAAAAUAUUGGAGAACGUUUGUUUGAGGCCCGAGCUAGUAUCAACCCUCGACGGCAUCGUUCCUGCCAACCAGUGAAACGCCAACCCCAAAUGGAUUUCUCUAAACCAGUCAAAGCUAAGGACAAUUAUGUCUUCGAGUGGGAACGCGUGUAUUCAGAAAAUCCAAGGCCACAAUGGACGCGCCCUGCUUCUGAAAAGCGACCAGUGACAAGAAAUCAAACUGUUGACAGAGUGAAAACGGCUAGGAGUUAGUUAGCAUACGGGCAAUCCGGUGCAGUUUGCAGUGCAAACAAACACUUGACGAUUUAAUGCACUUUUUAUGGACAUAUAUGUAUUUGAUUCAACAUUUUAAUGUAGCAUUCAUGCAAUAAACAGGAAAUAACUGUUUUAAGAAAAUGUGAAAUUGAUUCGGAUGUCGACCUCAAAUAUGGCUAUGCAUGCAGCGUUUACUGUUUUAUGCAAAUGCGUAAUGCAAAUGUCAAAAUUUCUCAAAUCCAUUGCAAAAAGGAGGUCCGUAUAUGACUAUUCAUGUUAAAAAAAUGUGUGCGUUCA